CAGCGAAGUGAAAUAGAAAAUUGCUUAUUCAUUUCAUUGUGGUUUUCAAUCGGAGAACAUUUAAAAGUGAGUUUGUGAAUUAAAUAAAAAUAAAAGAAAUACAUUCUUCAAACAAAAUAAAAAACAGUGGUAAAUAACACAAAAUAAAAUGAUUUGCUUUAUGUGUAAAAAAAAGUUUUGUGACAAAAAACAUUUCUUCAAACACCUUCGGGGUGAUCAUUUUCUGAAAUCUACUGAUUUAUACAAGUGUUGUGGUCAAAAUUAUGAAUAUAGGUCUUUUCAAAGACAUAUAGCAAAACGGCAUAACAGCAGUUUUUCUCCCCAAGAACAAAAAAAUCAAAUAAAAGAGACGCGGGUUUUAACAAGUGUGAAACAAAUUGAGGAAAUAGAAGCAGACAUUCCGGUUAUUCUUGACAAUCAAUGCGAACAAAAUAUUGACGUUUCUCCAACUCCUUCAAACUAUUUGCAGCCUGAAUCGGAAGAAAAGAAAUUUGAAAGGGUUAGCGAGAACGUUAUUAAAUUCCUAACAAGUAUGCAUUCAAACUAUAAUUUUUCAAGAAAAGAUGUUACUUUUAUUUAUGGUAAUGUCAUUGAUGCAGUCGUUAACCCGUUUUUGGAAGUAAUAAAUGCCUUUGCAAAAGACUUAGAUAAUAAUUUGUCCACAAAAUUAUCAAUAUUACUAUCAAAAUAUUCUGCAAUUUUAGAAAAGCUUAAAACGGAGUAUUUGCUUUCCGAAAAACUAAAAGAGAUUAAUCUUCUUCAAGAUCUAAAAGAAACGGUGAUUGAUCAAAGAGAAACACUAGCUCAUACUAAAGUUUAAAAAUGUCUGAAACAAACUCGGAGACUUUGAGCUGUGGGGAAGAAGAUGCCUUGAAAAACUUACUUAUAUCAUGGGGUAUAGAAGACAAAUUGGACAUACUCAUACGUGAACAUAUUUCUAUUGAUAUUUUGAAAAUACUAACUGAGGAACAUGUUAAAGAGCUGACACAGAAUUGGAGAAUUGGAGACAAGGCCCAGUUCAUUCACCAUUUCACAAAGUGGAGACAUGAUAUUAACCAUCCAUUUUGGGCAGAAUGUUCAAGUCCUCCAGUUUUUCCCAAAAAAGCCGAUUCGUGUAACUCAUCUGAUACGGAAGAAGUCGAUAACGUCAAUAUGUUGGAGAUAUUGCAAAGUAAUAAAAAUGGGGAACGUGUGCUACAGUUUUACGAAAAAAACAAGUUUCUCACAGAUGAACUAAGAGUUUUCAUUAUAAACAUUGCUGCCCAGCAUUUUGCAAGAAAAGACGCACCAAUGACUCUUCAAGCAAGCUACAAACUCGAAACGCAAAUAUUGUCUCUAUUUCCGACUGAAAAACUUGAAUUCUAUCGAACAGAACGUAGAGGAAAAAUUUAUGUAAAAUCCCAAAAUCUUAAAAAACAAAGCAAGCAGAUUUUUAUGCUGGAAAACGAAUCACCUACGGCGUCAAAAAAGGCUAAAAUUACUUUUGUACCUGAGGAGAAUGGAGAGGAUUUGGUGCAAGUUCUUAAAUAUGACAAGCUUUCAGCUGAAGAGUUUGAAACAAAGUGGAUUUCUUGUGCCAACUAUAGACUUAAUCAAGUACUUAACGAAUGCAGUAGCCUACGAGAGAUUCUUAAAAAGUGGCCUGAAUAUAAAUCACAUUAUAAGUUGAUUGAUAUUGACUUCUCAAUAAUGCAUAAAUCGCACAACAAAAUGCUCAACUGGGACCAAAAAAUCCUAAAGUUGUUUAACUUUUUGAAAAAAUCUAAGCAACUUAAAUGUCAUGGUGAGUCAAAAAUGUUAGAAACUCUCCAGGACGAAGAUUUGGAAAAGGAUCGAGGCACAUUUGCAGUGAAAACCCUGUGGAUUUUACAUUAUGUUCUUUUCCCGACUGGGCGGCAAGUUCGAAAAACAAUUCUCGGAAAGAAAGAAAUAUCUCGCUAUACAAUAAAGGACUCCCAGAAGACGUUUUUGUUUUUGGGAAAGACUUUGCAAGAAUUACACGACCAUAUUGAUUUUUUGUUAAAGAUGAAAGAACAUAUUCAGCCUUUUAUAUUGGGAAUCGGAAGUCUGGACGAUAUACAUGAAAUUUUUGUUUAUUUUGAUGGUGACCUCAUACGGUUUCCUAAUUUUCUUCGCUCUUUGGAUAUUUGUUUUAAAAUGUUCCAUUUAUUUAAUUUACAAUAUCCCACAGCAUCUGAAACAUUUUGGAUCUUUUUGGAAAACUACUUUUUUGAAAUAAGUUCAUGCUCAAAGAAAAAGUCAAAGGUAAGCAUCCUCUUGGAUGAUUUAGAGAAACAAUCUGAGUAAUUGGUUUCAAUUUAAUAAGUUAUAAAUUCUCAGAUAUUUAAAACACUAAAUUAAAUAAUAAUUAAGCUAUUUUUAUAUUGAUAUCUUCAUAUCAAUUAAAAAUAAGUUCGAAAAUUAGAUUUAUGCAAAUAACAAACGUUCCUAAAUUCCGCAGAUUAAAAACUGACUGUGUAUUUGAAUUACCUCAAGUAAUUACAAAUAAAGACUUAUAGACUAUAUAAGUAAAAAAAGUUAUAGUAUUUUAUAAGAACUUGUAUGCUAAAAAUAUAUUAAAUAUAUUACUGUUAAAAACAAAUCAAAAUGGACUGAAAAAUGAAUUAUAACUAAGUAGAAUUGUUUACAAAAUAUGAUAUGUAAGAAGAAACAUGAACUUUUGUAACACUGAUUAAAUAAUAUUUACAAAAUUAAUUUUUAAAAACCGCUUGCAAAACAAGUCACAAUAUGAAUUUAUUAUUUUUGAGUUUAACAUAGAUAUCUAAGACCUCUUUUGUUUGUAAAUGAAUUAACAAAGAUACG